AGAUAAAUACAAUUUCUUGGUUAAACAUGAGAAAUAGAGAAUCUUUUUGGUUUUUAAAAAACAAAAAUUUUGGCAUUAUGUCUUCCAGAAAUAAUAACAGUUCUAUUACUUCUUCUAAUACAUUAACAACAUUAAAUAAUAUUUCUAUAAAGCAAGAUGAGAGUGAAACUAUAGAAGAAUUAAGCUCAGAAGACAAAUCUAAUUUAAUAAAGGAAAUUAUUGAAUUACAAGAAGGAUUGAAAGCAUUAGUUGAAAGAGUUGAAUCAGUUAAAAAUGAUCAUGAUCAAAAGCAAUCAGGAAAUCAAAUUUUACAAACUUAUAUAAAUAAUUUAAUGUCUUCUAAAGUUUUAGCUUCUGCAAAUAUCAUUCAAAAUAUUGGAUUCGAAUUGGUUCAAAAAGUACCUGAUAUUUUAAUUUCGUAUAAUCCCGUUGAUUGA